AUGGGAUGUGGUGGAUCAAAGAAUACAAACACCAAAGAUGCAACCGAAUAUGACGACGAGGACUACGACGCUUACUCGCCAACGAAUAAAACCAGCACGCAAAACAGUCCCCGAAGACAUUACAACAAUAACACCAACUAUGGAAACUACAACAGCAACACAGGUUCGCCCUAUCGUUCAGGAGGUACACAGACAAGUCCUGUGUCUAAAUAUGCUCUCAACAACAAUGGGUCAGCGGACGAGUUCCCCGAGGCUAACGAUAAACAAGGCUAUAAGAGAAGAAUACGAAAUGAUUUAAUACGGGCGACAUCUGGUUCAAAAAUAGAGGAUAUAGAAAAAAACAUUGAAAAGUUUGAGAAGAAUCACAUGGAAGAUUGCGGGGACUUGACAAGGGCUAAAGAGAGACUUCAGUAUCUCAAACUGAAGAGAGACCUCAGAGACGCCAUUAGAAGAAGUAACGCUGGUGUGCUGGAGAGGACGAUUGCAGAAGCAGAGAAUUCUCGAUACGCAGGCCAACUGCGACCUCAGAUAGAGGCGGCUGAGAGAAAGCUGGAGCAUUUAAGAGAACUGAAUAAGUACAGCCAUGAUAUAUUAACGAUGGACCAGGCAACGAUCUCUGAGAUUCACAGCUACCACAGACCACCUGCCUGUGUGCAUGAUGUCAUGGCAGCCUCGUACAUGUUGUUAGGUCAUGAUGAAUCCACCUUGCGGGACUGGUCAUACCUGCAGUCUAUGGCUGGAAAAGUUGGUAAAGAUAGCCUGAUACAUGCGGUCCGUGAGUUCGACUCCAGCAACGUGGAUGAGGCAACAGCGAAGAGAGUCAGAGAAAUUCUCAACUACCAUGAUCUGGGGGAGGUUCGAGUGGCCAGUAAUGGAGCAGCGACCUUCCACGUUUGGGCGUCCAACAUCGUCGACAAGAUAGACAAGGACCGUGAGGAGGAAAAUAAAAGAAGACAACAGACUUGA